AUGUGUGUCUCCAGAAAGCUGCUCCUAGCUUUCCUCAUGAUUAACUUCUCCAUUCAGACAGUGAUCGAAAUUAUUGAUGAAGAGGACCGGUACCCUACUUGCGACAAAUACUCUAGUGAGUUUUAACUGUUUAAAAACAGUUCGGAAAUCAAGUCUAUUAUUUUUCUUAAUUUGAUUUUUCGAAUUUCUGGAUCGAAAUUUUAUGCGGUUCAAUCGAAUAUAUUGGUAAUUGAUAUGAUAAUAUUAAACAAAUGUAGAGGAAAUAGGGGAAAAUACGUGUUCAGAACUUGUGGAGAUGAGUGUGAAAACACCUUGAUUCGGUAGGUUCUUAUCGUCCAAAUGAGCAAAAAGUCAUUUGAAACUAAAUAGAGAUUUUAAGCAUGCAAAGAAAACAAAUGCAUUGUUUCUCCUGGAAACGAGUGUUACGAUUUCCACGGAUUCAUCUAUUGCUGUAAGUUUCACAGAUGAUUAAUUAGUUCAUUUGUGAUUUAACCAGGCGUGGACAACUCGAACUCUACAUCGACUUCGGAAACAACAACAUCAACUCUGACCCCACCGAUUACAACAUCGAAUCAAACUACAACCAACAUUAUCACGCCAAAAAAAGUUGUCGCACCAAUGUCGAAAACAAAAAAACGCAUUGUUUCAACUGAAGACGUGAGUCGUCCAAUUUCAUUAUGAUCUCUUUUUUUAAAGUUUUAUUGUUUUUCCACUGUUCAAGCCGUAGAUUUUCAAAACCUGAAUAUUCUCAAAUUAUUCACUUGUCUUAUUCUUUUGAUCUCACUUCAUUCUUGAUGAGAAAAGAGAUUUUACUUUGAUUUUUCGCUUCAGGCCUCCAUGAAAUCGGCGGAAUGUAUAGACUUGGCCAACACUUGUCCGAAAGACCCAAAAGUGUGCAACGAGUUCGCAGACUCUCUAAGAAACGUCUGCGCGAAGAGCUGCGGAUUCUGCACCAGUUCGUUUCCAUCUGUAGUUUUUAUACUUUAUAGACGUAUUUCUGCUUUUUCCUGGACGUAUUGAGAUAGUUCAGAAGUUUUUAUUUAAUGAAUUAGAAACUCCUGUAUUUAUCGGAACCUUAAUACUCUUUCCGCUUUGAGAGACAGGUUCUAAAACAAAUGGUUAUCAAUUUUUAAAAGGAAGGAAGUACAAACAUAGCCGAGAAUGAGAUUUUCAUUUUUUUUUUUUUUUGAUGAUACAAGUCUAAGAAUAUAGUUUUUAUUUUUCUACAGAGAUUUUUUUGGAUGCACUCGAUCAUAUGAAUCUCAUUCUCUAAAGCUUUUUUCAAGAAGGAAGCAUCAAAGUAGUGUUACUAAUUUUGAAGCAAAAUCGAAAAAUAGGGAGCUGAAAACCAUUUUUUAAAUUUUAUUCUCCGUAGACAGACCUACAACCUUCUGCUCUACAGCGUGCCGUAACUUUAGAAAGUAGUUAUUUCACUCUAAAAAAUAAUUCCAGCGACAUCCGUGACGGAAGAAGAAUGUUCCGACAUUCUGAGCACAUGCGCGACUUUUGCCGACCGUUGCAAUUAUGCUCAAUUGGCGCCGAUGUUGAACAAGUAUUGUGCAAAAACCUGCGGAAAAUGUACUCCAACUGCCGUGAAAGUCGCCUCAAUCAACUGCGUUGACAGCGUUUCGACGUAAGUUUUAUUACAAACAGUGUAUAUAUUAGAAGUUCAGAAAUUACUAAGAACUGUUUCAAAUCAAAAAAAAAAGUUCCUUUCGGAAAACAUUACCGAAGUCAGAAAAAAUUGAAUAGAUUGCUGUCUAUAUGACUUUACUCGGACAUUGGUAACGCGAAACGGACGUGCUCCGGACGUUUCUGGGCAUUUCUAGUGACCACUUUAGUAGCGUUAGCACUCUUAAGUGAUCCUUAGAAUUGCCCAGAGACCGGAGCAGGUCCGUUUCGCGUUACCAGUGUCCGAGUAAGUUGAUUCAUACAACUUUUUUUUCGUUUUGGAGUGCAUUAAUAAUUUUAGAAAGAUUGAAUGGAUAAGUGUUAGAGAAGAAAGUUUUAUGAGCUUGAUAUUUUUUUUAUCUGGAAAGAUAAGCUAAUAUCUAAGUAGAGGGAACUAAAAAAAACUUUCUCUCAGUUUUCUUCAUUCGUUUACCUCUUUUCGAGAUUUUAUUCAAUGAGUCAACUGUUUUUGCAAUAGUAUCACGUGUAUCUGAUCAUAAUGAUGCUCAAAAGCUUUUCAGCUGCGCUAAAUGGGCCAAAAACGGCUAUUGUGUGAACGGAUUCUACUCGACCGAAAUGAGAAGGAAGAAUUGCGCCAAGACUUGCGAGUUGUGCUGAAAGUCGAAACCGAUUGAAUAAUUGAAACCAACUUUUGUUUUAUUUUAUUUUGUACAUAUUAUGCGGGAUUCAAUGAACUUUCCUUCGCGCCAUUUUCAAUAACUAAAACGGGAAAACAACAAUGUGGCAACUGUAGUACAGAGGUUAUAAUGAUUACCAUGAGAGCCCUAUUUUCCCGAAGAAGCCAUCGAUACUUUUAAUAAUUUGACAAGGUCGCGUGGAAUAGUAUAUUGCUCCGAAACGGAAAUAGGUGGGGACAAUUUCCAAAACCGUCGGUCUGAUAAUCGGUUCUGCUCACGAUCGAUAAGGAACACAUCGUGUCACCCAUCAGAUUCUUAACGAUUGUAGAGAUUUUUUCAUUAUUUCACCGUUAUAUUUGAACGUUUUUCUUUUCUUCUUCGAAGCACAUUUUCUGAUUUCUGAACGAGCUAAUUCAAGCACUACCGUAACAUGCAAACCUGAUUUCUUCAUCAGUAUUUCUUUUACAUUUUCGAAAACCCAAAAUAGUUAGUUUUUAAGAAAUAAGAAUUAUUUUUUUGGAGUUACUUUUAUCGGUCUUAAUAGAAGAAGCGGUACCUCGAUUUCACCUGUCUUCUGGAAAUGAGAUAAUGUCGGCGUUUGAUUCGGAAUCGGAAGCGUCUUCAGUAAAGUUAUUUUUUUGUAAAUAAAAAAAUUUAGUAAUUUCAAAGUUGAAGAAAUUGUUGAAAUGGGAACCUUGAAAAAUUAUCUUUUUCUGUGAAAAAUUGGCAAAAAGUUCGACCAAAUUAUUUUUAGAGGAUAAAAAUCGUUAUAUAAUUUGAGUUGAGAACAUAUAAAGCUUCAACGAUUGAUUUAUAAAAUUUUUAAAAUGGGAAUAUUUAUAGAGACAUAACCUUGAACUUGCAUCCUUUCUUCUUUCUCAGGGAAGUAGUGUUCGAAGACUUCGGAGAUGACGUCUCAAUCGUCGAACGAAACGAACAGCCUUCAGUGCGCACCAUCAUUAUCAAAAUCGCGCUGGGACUGAUCUUCAUCGGCUUUGCGACGGGAUGCAUUGUCUACUCGGUGAUCACCUGUAGGUACUCGACUGGAAAUCUUGCCAUUUCUCUUUUUCAGCAGAGAGUGAGCACAAAGAAAUCCUCAACGAGACGCUGUAUUUUCCUUGGAACCUUAAUCAACACUGCUCUCAGGGCACAUUGACCAUGACCAAUCGUACGACUGUCGCCAAUCAGUACACGGUACGGCUCGGUUUGAUAAAUUAGUUGGGAAAUCUUAUGCAGCAGAAAAACAUUCGUAAAGAAGCGAAUAUCUACUUCAAUCCUGUUCAGUUGCAGUUGAAAAGAGCUGGAGAAAUGUGAGCAUGAGCUGAAAUAAUUCAGACCAAAAAGCUUGGAAUGAGCUGGAUGCAAGACGCGACGCGGCAGCGACUAUUUCAUCGAGUCGGACUCAAGCCAAACGACACUGACUGGUUGGCGUCUUACUACGUUUUUGCCAACCACUCCUUCACACUCAAUAAGUCUGGCUGCGAGCGUCAGAAUUUCGGAUACGUCGAGUUUCUCCGCAGGUGAGAUUUCGCACAACCUUCAAUACGUACGAAAACGUAUCGAAUACAGACAAGGACUGACCUACGUGGAAAAACAACGAGAAGAAGCGUUCAAAAUUCACAACGCCUACACCGACGUCAACUUUUUCGAAGGAGAGCCCCCACUUGACGUCACUGUCGAUGGAGUUCAUCCGGCUCUUGUUCGGGCAUACUCUUCAUUGAAUGGAGGUUUCACGAUUGAUUCUAGAAAUUGCAAAAUUCUGCCUAACAUCAAGUUGGAAAUCAUUCUCGUCCAAACUUCAGAACACCUUGGAAAACUAGGCUAUCAAAGCCAAGCAAAACUUGGUUUGAAAUUUUUUUAAAUGUAGAUAUAGUCGAUGUGCCAUGACUUGAAAUUUCAUGGAACGACACUCCGAUGUUCUUGUGGAACUAGUGCGCGCUGUCGCGAAGCGCCUUGCCUUUGCGAAUUUCGGUCGCGCUUUCCUUUUUUCCUUUUAUUUGAUAUUUUCCCUUUUUUAACAACUUUUUAAUUAUUUUUUAUGUGCCAAAAACGGAACUAUUAUUGCUUUCGCACAGAAAUAGUCAAAAUUUCAAAUUAAAGAAAAAAUGGAAAGCGCGACCGAAAUUCGCAAAGGCAAGGAGCUUUCACGGCCAUCCACCGGAGUGUCGUUCCAUGAAAUUUCAAGUCGUGGCACAUCGACUAUAUUAUUUUGAGACAAGCAAUGAAUUUCGAAAAACUGUUGGCUCGAGCCAGUUCGGAAAAAUUUAUUUUCACGUCAGUCUCCAGAAAUUUUUAGCACUAGACUACGGCUGGGAGUACAUCUUUCCGCAACUGAACGAUGGUACAAGCAUGUUCCGAAAAGAGAUGUGGUUUCCGAAUAUGGUAGCCGGUGCCACCGAUUAUUCAGUCUUCGACAGCGUCCCCGACAUUUGUUUCGAGCCGAAAACCCUCACCACGUCGACAUCACAGGACCAUUUUGAAGUUUUAUAAUAGACAUAAAUUGUAUCAUAUUUAUUGAGAAGUAGCGAAAUAAAAUCCCUUUUUUUAAAAAAAUGAUGGUAUCACUGAAAACGCUUGCAAUAAAGUCAUAUCAACGCCAAAAGGGAGGAAGAAAGGAAUCAGCGGAAAAUCGCCAAGCACGUCCAGCCACUUUUUGUGCGGUUUUUGCCGUCGUCAGAUGAGUUUUGCGCGGGCCAGAGAGACGCUAUAAAGGGAGAUAAGAGGGCGUGGUCAGUUGGUCAGACACUCUGUGCAAGAUGGGCGCCGACGACAGCGACAUCAAAAUCAAGGUGCGUUUGUGAUACUCUUCAUAGUCUUUUAAACUUCUUACACAUAUUAACUCUCAUUUCUUACAGUGAGUCUAGGAAAACGUCUUUUUUUUUGAGAAAGUCUCACAAUUUUAAUCGUUUGAAGGCGUACCGAGUCAUCGGCUACGCAGCGGUGACGUUCUCGGCGGUGGCUGUCCUUUGCGUCUGCGUGACGAUGCCCGUCGUCUACACCUACGUGCACAGCGUCAGGCGGCAGAUGCAUCACGAGAUGUCGCAGUGCAAUGUCAGUCAUUUCAGUAGAACGCGUCCACAAUUUUUGAUUGCAGAUGAACGCGCGGCAAAUAUACGCCGACGUGAACUCGCUUCGGUCAUCUUUCCCGUUCGCUACAAACAGAACGGCUCGUGAUGCUGGAUACGGCAACGAAGAGGUCUCUUUUUUAAAGUAAAAUAAAAAUUUAAAAGAAAGAAAGAGAAAUUGACAGCGUUGAAAAUAAAAAAAAACUCCAUUUCAGGUACACAAUGUACCGUCAACCACGGCUCAAGCGCACUACAGCGACGAGAGCGACCAUCCAGCUCCUGCACGUCCUCCAGCUUUUCAUCGCUCUUCAUACGACUCCGGUGUUGACAGAAGUCAUCCACAACAAGAAGAACACGAAGAACAAGAGGAACACGAGGAAGGACAUCACAAGAGUGGAGGUGUUUGCGACAACUGCUGCGCUCCGGGACCGCGUGGGCCGCCAGGACCCCCUGGGCGACCAGGAAACAACGGAAAAGCCGGUGCGAACGGUCUCAACGGAAACCCAGGACGACCGCCAGAGCAACCUUGCGAACCUGUGACACCUCCACCAUGCCCACCAUGCCCUCAAGGAAAGCCUGGACCAAGCGGACCUACUGGAGCAGCCGGGAAGAACGGUUUGGCUGGACCAGCAGGUAAGGCUGGAGGCAAAGGACCAGCUGGCGAGCCUGGAUCUCGUGGAAGACAAGGACCUUCUGGAGAUCAAGGGCCUCCUGGAGAGCCUGGAGCACCUGGAGAACCAGGAAAGAAUUCUGGACCACAGCCUGGGCCAAAAGGUUCACCAGGAAAACCUGGACUGCAAGGAUCGCGAGGUCCCGCUGGACAUCCCGGAAAGAAUGGCGAGCCAGGACCACAAGGCGAGAAAGGACCAAGCGGUGAAAACGGUGAACCCGGGGAAGAUGGAACUCCAGGGGCUCCAGGAAAGGACGGCCAGCCAGGACGCAACGGCGAGAAAGGCAUCUGCCCCAAGUAAGUUUUUAUUUUCACUAAACUCAAAAAUUGUUUGAUAAAAGUGACUCAUACCGUUUUCAGGUACUGCGCUAAGGAUGGCGGCGUUUUCUUCGAGGAUGGAACACGACGUUGA